AUGCUUGAUACAGUGGAUUUAUGGGUGCAGGUGUACAACCUGCCGGUUGGUUAUAAUACGGUGCCGGUACUUGAACAGACAGGGAAUUUUUUGGGAAAAUUCUUAAAGAUUGAUGAGAGGCAGAUGAAGGGGCCACCCAAAACUUUCUACCGAAUUAGGGUUUGUAUGUCUGUGGAUAAGCCCCUGAAGAGGAGGAUGAAAUUGAUUCGCCGGGACAAGACUUGGGGGUGGGUGAAUUUCAAAUAUGAGAGACUACAUACUUUUUGCUUUUUCUGUGGACUUUUGGGGCACUCGGAAAAGUUCUGCUUGAAAGCUAGAAACUCGACGUUGACUGCUGAACAAUAUCCUUAUGGGGUGUGGAUGCGAGCUGGGCAGGCAAGAGGACCACGGCCAGUCGGUGAAUCAUGGCUACUAACCGAGGAUGAGCCACCGAUCCGCCUGGAACCUGUGAGGGUGGCGCCGGAAAAACCGAUAGGGGUACAGGGCCGUGAGGAGGAGGAGGAGGAUGGGGUAACGGCAUUGGCUAAGCGUCGCAAGCAGGAUAGUAGACAGCUGGCAGAUACGGAUACUAGUAUGGCAGAUAGCUCAAAAAACUUGCAUCAGGCGGGCUCUGGUUCCCAGACCCGCCCACAACAAUGA